GGGGGCGGUGCCGCGGCCCGGGGCGGUACCGGGGCCCGCCGCGCUGAGGCCGCGGGCCCGGGCGGUGCCGGGGGUGCCGGCUCUGCCUGUUGCGGAGCUAAGCCGUGCACAACUCGGCCGAAGCGUCUGAAAUUCGCGGCUUCCCAGAAAAAGACACCAACGGAGAUGCUUUGUGGGUUUGGUGUUAUCCGUCCGUAACAGCGGAACUGAGGACUCUGUUGCUGAGAAAGUGCUGCCUUACAGACGAAAACAAAUUGCUCCAUACCUUUGUGUUCGGCCAGUAUAAAAGGUCUUGGUUCUACAUCACAACAGUAGAAGUUCAAGAUUCUCCAGCCUUGAAAAAGGUGACCCACUUCUCCAUUGUCCUGACGGCCAAAGACUUCAACCCAGAGAAAUAUGCAGCCUUCACCAGGAUCCUCUGCAGAAUCUACCUGAAGCAUGGAAGCCCAGUUAAAAUGAUGGAGAGCUACAUUGCAGUCCUCACAAAGGGCAUCUGCCAAAGUGAAGAAAAUGGAUCUUUCCUCAGCAAGGACUUUGAUGCUCGGAAGGCUUACCUUGCUGGCUCCAUCAAAGAUAUAGUGUCUCAGUUUGGAAUGGAAACAGUUAUUUUAUAUACUGCACUGAUGUUAAAGAAGAGAAUUGUAGUGUACCAUCCUAGAAUAGAAGCUAUCCAGGAAUUUACCAGGACUUUGCCUGCUUUAGUGUGGCAUCGACAAGACUGGUCAAUUCUUCAUUCAUAUGUGCAUCUAAAUGAGGAGGAACUGGAAGCCUUAAAAGCCUGCACAGGUUACAUCGCUGGAUUUACAGACUCUGAAGUGAGCAGUAGAUCAGACCUCUAUGAUGUCUAUGUGAAUUUGGCAGACAGUGAGAUUACAGUUUCACCUGUAGUAAAAGAGGCAAUGACAAUGGGAAAACUUCACAAAGAAAUUGGACAACUAAUUGUUCAAUCUGCAGAAGAUCCAGAUAAAUCAGACAGCCAAGUCAUUAAGGACAUUUCUCUGAAGACAAAAGAAAUCUUGGCUACUUUAGCCUCACUUACUGAAGUUUCUGAUGGCAAUGAAAAACCAACCCUUAACGCUGAGGCCCUGAAACAAAAGCGAUUUCCACCAGCCACAGAAAACUUCCUUUUUCAUUUAGCAGCUGCUGAACAAAUGCUCAAAAUCUGAUUUUGAUGCACUGCAGACCACAGACCGAUUCUGAAAAAGCUGUCUCUGCCAUCCAGAUAGGUAUACCUGGUAUUUUAUAUGAAAAACUAAAGGUAUGAGUCAAUAUCCUAGUUA